AUGCAUGCAUGUGUCGUGCUCGUCUGCCCCCCUCUCUCUCUGUUGCUGUGUGUGUGUGUGUGUGUGUGUGUGUGUGUGUGUGUGUGUGUGUGUGUGUGUGUGUGUGUGCAAAUCAUUCACACAUUCAUUCAUACGCACACACACUCUCUCUCUCUCAAUCUCUCUCUUGCUCUCUCAAACUCUCUCUCUCUCUCUUUCUCUCUUGCUCUCUUUUGCGCGUUCUUGUUCAAGAGUAAGAUGAUCGGGCCUGGCUGGAACGUGACAGCUACCGCCCCGGCUGGAACGGCCCAACCUCAGCCGACCUGGAACGGCUACAACUGGACGUACCCAUACAGUGCAUAUUACCCGUACUCCAACUACUCAGCCGCCUCUUCAGCUUCAGCAGCCUAUUACGGACAAGCUGCAGCUCCGCCGCCACCCCCACCCCCACCACCGGCCGGGCAGACCGCACCGGCCACCGCCAACACUGGCACAGCGACGGCUUCCUAUGCGCAAGCGGCAGCGGCUAGCACUGCACAUGUGCAAGCCGCCCCCACCUACAACUACGCAUACGCACAUGACUACAGCCAAGGCUACAGUGCCGCCUAUCCCGCGCCUUCCGCUGCCAACACGGCGCCGCCACCCAUGCCCCCGCCACCUGGCAUGCAACCCACCAAUCCCGCCGCCUCGAGCGCCCCACCCAAUAGUAGCUCCGCCAACACCUGGGCUUGGUCCACGGGUCGCCAACCUACAGCCGCGCCGAAUCAAGCAACCCAGGCUGCCGACUCGGCACCUACCACUUCCCCGGCGAAACCCAAGGGAACGAGCGGCAUUAGCUUCAACAUCAAGCGACAACCCAAAAAAACCGCCGCCUUUCAACCGGCAUAUACCAGCGUCGCCAACCUCAAUGCUCCAAAAUCCCUGGCCACGAAACCAGCUCUCGCUCCGACCCCUGCACCAACCCAGGCAGCCACCACGUCCGGCAAAAGGCCGCCCAUCCCGCUUGAUGCCCAAGCCUACGUGUCCCGCGCCUUUACAGCCUGCAAAUCUGACAAGCAACGCGAGCAGGUGAAAGAAUAUCUGCGCGAACUGUUCAAGCAACCACCCGAAGCCAUUGCUGCGCGCAACUGGGAGCAAGAGCCCCUUCCCUCAAUCUUGACAGGCAACAAGAAAGCUGCCAAGCGCAGCACCAACCUGGCCUCGAGUCCAAUCUCGCUUGCCAGCCGCGCCAACCGCUUUGCAGACAGCCGGCCCGGCCCACCCCUCUCCAAGCGAGCCAAGAAGAAGAAGAAAAAACUCAAUUUAACCAAUGAGGGUGGAGAAGAAGGCACCCGCUUCAGCCGUGCCAUCAUUGUGGGCACGUGUACAAAGUUGGAAAAGGAGUUUUUCCGCCUCAACGAAGCGCCCGAUCCGGCCUCUGUUCGUCCAGAACACAUCCUUCACAAAUCCCUGGCGAACGUCACAAAAAAAUACAAAGAUGGUGCAAGCUACAAAUGGGUUUGCAGUCAACUCAAGUCGAUUCGCGUGGAUCUCAUUGUCCAACGUAUUCGCAAUGCCUUCACGGUCAAGGUCUACGAAGGCGACUUUGAUGAGAUGCAUCGUUGCCAAGCCCAGCUGCGCCAGCUCUACGACGCGGGCGUCGAGGGUUGCCAAGACGAAUUUACGGCCUAUCGUCUCUUAUUUCUGGCGGCCAAGUCGCGCUAUCAAGACAUCCUCGUGGCCAUGUCGGACCUGACGCCUGAAAUGAGGUCGCACCCGGCCAUUAGCCAUGCGCUACAAGUGCGGCGGGCAUUGGCCCUGAACAACUUCAAACGGUUCUUUGCUCUUUACCAGAAUGUCCCCAACAUGGGAGUUUAUUUACUAGACCUCUGCCUGGAUCGUGUACGGCGCGAGGCGCUUAUCGUGCUGGCCAAAGCAAUCCGACCCACUCUGAGCGAGGCCUUGCUGCGAAGUUCUCUGAUUAUAGAUGUCGCUCCUCCUGUGGUUGAGGACAAAGAGGGCAACCCUGUUGCGGGCGAUGCGCUUGCUGCGUGGCUGAGCCAACUCAAUCUCUCACUCACUCCCAAGGGCUUGGACUCGAAGGCUGCCAACGUUGCUCUUGGACCGAUUGACCAUGUGCAACGUGUCUUUAACAUGGAUGCGUGAAUUGCCGACUUGGGCGGCCACGUGAGAGUACAUUCUGACACCUGCCUGAACCAUGAAUUGAGCUCUUGGACUCAUCACGCGAGGAACAGGUCGAAUGGGUUGCAGAAACCAAGAAAAAAAGGAAAAAAAAAAAACUUGAAAAAAGAAGAUUUGAUUUGACAUCAAGACGACAACAUGAACGAGGCACAAAAGGAGGAAGAAAGCAGGGUGAGGCAAUAGGGCAGAAUGCGACCGGUGUUCACACUGUGAUACUGGGAUAAGACAUUGGACUGCUGGUUAGUUUGUGCUGUCACCGCCGUUGCUACCAUCGCUGCCCUCCGGUGGGCGCUGGGGUGAGUCCUGGCCUGUACUGGUUGAAGGACUGGCAUCCAUCAUGGAAAGCCGGAUGGCUUCCUGCAGCAUGGCGUCCUCCUGCUCCUCCAAAGACCUGCCAGGAUUAGCAGCGCUACCACCAAAGUUGCCCCCAGAAAAGCUGGAGGCCAACGAGC